CAUAUCUAAAAAUACAGUAGUUACAUCGACAACAAGCGAACCUUUUCAAUUCGCGUACAUCGAAAAAAUCUCCAGUGUUUACACUUCCAUCAGAUUAGCGAGAUUAGACCGGAGAAAAAAAAUCAAACAUCAUUAUUCUGUCAUCCGUCCGUACGCUAGCGCCAUUAAAUUUCAAUAUAAAUAAAUUCUCAACGGAAAAUAUCGGGGUAUAAUGUUUGUUGUGACGUUUAUGUAAAUGUUUGGAUUCUUUGAUUGAACGCAGACUGCGCGAAGAUUUUGAAAUAAAACCAUUAUUUUCUACUUCAGUUUCUUGUAGGCAUGUCGAACAGUUGAAAGUGUGCGGGAGAUUUAUUACGCGUCGUAAAAGACGUUUAUUUUACCGGGGAAAUAUGAUCCCAGUUGUUUAUUGCAUUUGCUUCCUCUUUCUCGCUUGCCGGUGUCAAAAUUUUCAGGAAAUCGAAGGAUAUUCGAAUGACUACCCUUAUGAAGUACAAGUUGAACGUCAAACUAUGAGGGUGAAAAAUGGUACCCCUAUAACCCUAAAGUGUCAUAACGAUUUUGUUAAGUGGGAAUAUAAGUAUUGUGAUUCAAACUUCUACGGACUGUUGUGUGAUAAUGGAAAGUGGCAAAAGAUGAACAAAACCAGAGGUAGAAUCCAUAUUGAAGCUGUUGCCGAAAAACACAACGGAAUAUACAGAUGCUAUCAAGACGACAAACUUUUGAAAGUGUUCAUCGUUGAUGUUGUUCAUCCAGCUUACAAUGGACCUCCGCCCCAGGUAGCCCCCUUGAAGACCUCCAAUGUUUCUGGUCAAAUCAACAUGAAGUUCACCAUUCAGUGCAACGUAACAAGUGAGGAACCCCCUACGAUAAUCUGGUUUAAAAGCUGUUACGGUCGCAAAUGCGAUUUCAAAUUCAAUGACGUCUGCUACUGCCAUAUCAACACCUCCAUCAGCUACCACAGCAUUAGGAACACCUACCUAAGCAAAUUCAUGAUAUUCAACGCCAGAGACGUGGACAGCGGCCAGUAUGUUUGUCUGGCUGUUAAUCAGUAUGGGGGAGGGUUCCAAAAUGCCACAAUCGUGGUACCGAGCAAUAAGGUGGAAGAAAAUGAGUCAUUUUCGCUCUUGUUUCUGAUACCACUGAUGCUGAUCCUUGCGCCGGUUGUCUUGUGGUUGUGUUACUGCAAACGGAGGAAAAAGAAGUCCGUCGUGAUUGUAGAUCAACAGAAACAGCUCAUUAGACCUGUCGUUCGCAUUAAUGAGAUUAUUUAGGAGAGUUUUUGUUGGGAGAUUGUCUGUGAUAUUUGAUUUAUUUUUUUUUUCGAUUAAAUUAUUGAGUUUGAAA